GGUAAAUUUAAGGUAAUUACGUGAAGGUCUAACUGGGAUGCAAGGACAGAGGAGUUGCUGUUCUUGCCAUUGACAUGCUCUGGCUUGUUUCCAAAAUUUCAGCUGCAUUUCGUCUUCCACGCUUCGAGCUUCUGUAUAAACGGAUGCCUGAUCUUCGUCUUCGUCUUCGGGUCUCCCACCCGUCGCAUAUAUAAACCCCCUCUUUCUUUCUUCUCGACCUUCAACCGUCCGUCUACAAACCUUCCACAUAACGAAACACACGUCUUCUCCCAUUAAAGGAGAUUGGAGACAGUAAUGGCCUACCAACCCGGGUACCUGGGCGUCAGUGACGCAGUUCCCCGGCGGUCUCGCCUCCAAGCCCUCAUAGCACUUUCCACCACCAUCCUCGCCCUCGCCAUCCUCAUCUUCGUCGUCGUCUUCGCCGUCUUCGGCCUCCGCGACAACGCCGGCGACGGCAAAUGGAUCCCCGUCGCCGCAGCCGUCGGCAUCUCCAUCAGCGUGGUCGUCGCCGGCAUCAUCCUCUUCUUCCUCAAGUGGUGGGAGUGCGUCCGGUCGCGAUACCCUUCCAUGCCGGGAAAUCGACGCCACGGCUACCGGAUGGACAUGGAGCCCAUCAACAGCUACGCGGACUUUCGCGCGCUGGACUCGCCUACCAAGAUCGGCGUGGUGGCGAAUGCCGUCGGACGCUGGAUCGACGGGCUGGCCAUGGCUUUGUUCCCUUGCCGCGACCGCGAUCGGCUCCGCAAGUUGGAGGACCGGAAUCGGGAGAGGAUGCAGCACCCUGCCUACGAGAUGUCCCGUGCUGUGGAGCAGCAGCAGCAGCAGCCCCCUGGGCCGCGAAGAGUGAGCGCUACGUUGUCGUCGCAGGGCCAUGUGGUCGAGCAUCCGAACAGUCGUGGAGACGGCGAAAGUCGGCGGCCUUCUGAUCGGGCCAAAUUCAACUCUUUCGACAGCGUCGUCAAUAAGAAGGGGAUCCUCAAGGACGGAGAGAGGCAGAGUCGGCAGGCAUCCACUUCGUCUCAGGCAGCAGCAGCAGGAGCAGCAGCAGCCCUUCGAGAUGCAAACGAUCCCCACCAAAACAACAAUGGUUCUGUUCCGGACGAGCGCCCUCGUGUGCCAAGCAUCGACGCGGAGCCCCCUUCGACCGAAAGAACGAUCCAGCAUCCUCCCCCCACUGCACAUAGGCAGGCCGAGUUCACGGGGAGGAACGCGCGCUGGGACUCCGUCGGCGACGAAACUUUCCGCCCCGGCUCCCAAAGAACAAGGCUCGAACCCGUAGCCGCACCCGCUUCCCCGCGCGACCGCCACGGUUCGAUGCAGUCGGACGCUUCCCAGAACUCCACUCGAUCGACGACGUACCGGCCUCAUUCCGUCGCCGAAGCCCCGAGCUCCCUGCGCAGCUCCAUUAGCUCCGUGCGUCUCGACAACAACAGCCCUGGGAUGAUGUAUGCGCCCCUCGCAGUGCCGCAACGCCACGACCGUCUUAGUAUUCCUGACGUCUCUCGCGACUUGCCUCCCCGCGGUGGCAUCUCCGGGAUCUCCACUCUCCCGUCACAGAGGGGUCGUCACCGUGGGAGCUGGAGCAGCAGGGCCGGCAUGACGGCCCGGCCUCAACCCCCUCCGGACUUGAGGCGCUAUAGUGCGGCGCAAAUGGAGCAGAGUCUGCGUGACGAGGGCGCAUUUCGUCCGCUUGACCCGUCGUCGCGGCGGAAUGCGACUGAUAUUCUGGAACAGAUGGAACGAGACGGAAGGGGGUCGCGCGUGCGGUCGACGCAGGAUAUCUUCCAGGACACGAACCAGCGUCGCUAGUCCUAAAGAUCGAGAGAGAGGAAGAGUUGUCUUUGUCACGUGUGGUGCUGUGAAGGAACGGUUAUACGGGGUUCAUCUCGGCACGAGAAGGUUAAAGUUGGGACACUUUGGCUGGCGGGGUUUUGGCCUCUGGAAAAGGGUACAUGGUGGGAGGACACGGGGAUAGAUAGAUUUCAGUGUAAACGCUUGCUUGCUAGCUGGCAACUCUAGGAUCGUCAACCUCGAACCGUCAGUGGCUUCAGGUUCGCCGGGUGCUGGUGCAGCU